ACGUUCUCUAACAAGAAGCACAGAUAGCAACAACAAUAACAACAAUGGUCGCGUUCGAGCGUAGUAGGAGCACAACCACAGUGGUGCUCCUCGUCCUUUUGAUGCCGCUACUGCUGUCAUCAUCCACCGCGUCGGAGGCACACAUCCAGAAGAAAUGGAGACCCCCAAUAAUCUAUCCAUGGAUGCCCCCGAUAAUCUAUCCAUCGCCGAUACCACCUCCACACCAUGGGCGCGACUUGGACUUGCCCUUCAUGAACAACAAGCACACCCCACCGGCGUCACAGCAAGAUGACCAAGCUGUUGUCGGCUCGUUGCAGCCUUAGCUUUGAAUGUGUUGCAUGGGUUGUUAUAUUUAUGGUGAGGAAUAAAUUUAAUUAACUUUGAAUAAUUUCCAAUGUAUUUGA